AUGAACAAUAUCCAUAAUCAACUUAGCCAAGGACGCAUCGUUUUGGCGUCAGGAUCUCCACGCCGAAAGCAGAUUCUUGAGGAGCAGCUUGGGUUCAAGAAUAUUAGUGUGGUUCCAUCCAAGUUUAAAGAAGAUCUAUCAAAGGACACACGAUCACCAUUUCAAUAUGUUAUGGAUACCGCGACAGAAAAGGCAUUGGAUGUUUACCGUUCCGAGAUUGAAUCAGAAAGAGAACCCAGCAUUGUUCUUGCUGCUGACACUGUUGUUGUAUCGGUAGAACAGAUUCUCGAGAAGCCCAAGUCACCAUAUCAUCACUUGGAGAUGCUCAAACAUCUUCGUGAUUCUCCUUUCCCUCACAAGGUUUUUACAGCAGUGGUUGCUAUUGUGCCACUGGAAGUUCCCAUCACCCCUGGCUAUGCCUUGGAAACAUAUAUUGAGGAGUCUAUUGUGAAUUUCGACAAGACAAUUUCCAAUGAAUUUCUGCAAAGUUAUGUGGACUCUGGUGAGGCCACUGAUGCUGCUGGCGGUUACAAGAUUCAAGGGCGUGGUGCUUUGCUUAUCAAGUCGAUUGAGGGUGACUUUUUCAACGUCAUGGGUCUUCCUGCGAACGGUACCCACAAGUUGAUUGAGAGGGUUAUUAAGAUUGCUGAUAAUGAGAAUGCUGGUGGAGCUGGAAGCGGAGACGAAGAUGAAGAUGAGGAUGAGGAAGAAGAAGAUGGUCGUCGUUUGCUCUAA